AUGGCGGGUUUCGUGGUGGCCGCGGACGGGAUGACCGCCGCGAGCGCGAACCCAUGCGCAGCGAAGGUUCUGACCGUUGGCGUGGAGACCGUGAACAACCUCGAGGCUACCAAGAUGAACGCCCUCGACGAGAUGAACAUGCCGCCCCCCCUGCUUCUGGCGGUCUGCGCUCCUCGGACCGUCCUAGUGGCUCGGACGACAAGUUCUCUCGUGCUUUUGCCAACCGCGAACCCAGUCGCUUUGGUGAUCGCGAUGGUGGACGUUUUGGAGAUCGUGAACCUAGUCGAUUUGGAGAUCGCGACGGCGGCCGCUUCGGCGACCGUGACGGUGGUCGCUUCGGCGAUGCUCCUCGAUACAAUGAUCGUGAUGGAGGUCGUCCUCGCUUUAGUGACCGAGACGGUCCUCGCUUCGGCGACCGUGAUGGUGGCCGCUUCAAUGACGGCCCUCGCUUCGGCGACCGUGACGGUGGCCGCUUCAAUGACGGCCCUCGCUUCGGCGACCGUGACGGUGGCCGCUUCAAUGACGGCCCUCGCUUCGGCGACCGUGACGGCGGACGAUUUGGCAGUGACUUUGGACGACAAACCCGAUCCGGCCGAAGCUGCUCGCGCGAAGAAGGAAGAGGAAAAGGCAGCCCGCGAGGAAGAGAAGAAGCGCAAAGAAGCCGAACGAAAGGAGGCGAAGCGCUUGGCGGACGAAGCGGCCCUUGCUGCCGCCGAAGAAAAGAAGGCUGCGAUGGCGGCAGCGGCUGAAAAGGCAGUGAAAGACACAGAAGUUGUCCGCGCGUUGUUGGCAACGACCAAGAAGGGUCAAGAGAUCGUCAAGGCCGGCAAGGCCUCGUUGCAGGGCGUGAGCGCGGCUGUCGUGAUGGCCGAAGUGUUGAAACACAACGAAGAAACCGCGAUCUCGAGCUCCAAGUGGCUCACUCCGGACGAGUACGGGGCGCUCUUGUCUGCGACCGUCGGCGUCGCCUCGAGCAAAGAACAACUCAAGGCGCUGUACGCGCUGCAGCUCUUUAUGCAUGAACACCGCGGCCGCGAAGGCAACCGAACGAAGGGCAUGAUGGAACUCGCGUUCAAGGCGCUGUAUGCGUUUGACAUUGUGGCGGACGAGGCGUUUAUCGAGUACAAGUACGACGUUGAGGACACGACGGCGGGGAAAAUGCAAGCGAUCAUUGAAACGUCCGAGUGGUUAAGCUGGUUGGAAUCGUAUGAGCCCAGCGACGAUGAAGAUGACGAAGAUGACGAAUAG